AUGCCUCAGACUCUGGAUGAUUUUCAAAUAGACCCGAUCCACACUCGUCCGAGCCUAGAACCUCCACCAAACACCCUUGUCCUGAACAACAUUUCCUAUCCAGAUGUCGUGGGGCGCUUGCGUGACGAGUACGAACAAACACGAAAUGAUGAUUCCACCAAUUCUAGCCCGAAAAACAAGAAUAAAGGUUCAGAAAUUAAAGAUCCAUGUGAAGAUCCCGUGGUGUUGACACGCUAUUUGUCUCCCACACAAGUGAACAAUUCCGCGCAUCCGGCUGUGAUCACUCACGAGUCGAAACGGUUACGAUUAUUGGAAAGACGUGUCAAUCAGCUGGAACAGGACAACCUCGCACGUCAACAAUGGGACAAAAUUGGCCUGAUGCUAACCGGAGUUUAUUUUGCCUAUCGGGUAUUGCAUUGGAUUGCAACACAUUUAUAA